AAAAUCAUAGUCAUUGUUUGCAUGCCAAAGACAAAGUCGAUGUAUUGAGGAGAUCAAAUUUGCUUCAAUGAAUGAAGUUCUAAAGAAUAGUAGUUUGCAUGGGAGAGAUGGGGCAUUGGCACAACAGAAGAAAGAGCCACAUGUGUUGCCAGGGCGAAGAGGAUCGAUACCCACUCAAGUCCAGGGUGACUAUGGAUGUGGGAACAAUGAUGAAGAGAAUAAUCAUUUAAUUGAAACCAGUAUUGCUGGACGUCGAAGAAGCAAGCGCCUUAGAGAAAGGAAAACUGAUGGUGCAUGAUGGCAGCACGGGUUGAAGAAUUCCAAUUUUAAAAGCUAAUAUUUGUUAUGUACACCCCUAUACCUUAAUGCAGUUAUUUUGUUUCUGUAAUUGGUUUUGGUAAAAGGAACUCACCAGGUAAGAAAAUACGCAUAAAGCGAAUUGUAGUGAUCGUACUUUGUGAAAAUGUUCAUUACAGUUCCUCUACUAAAGAAAUGUUAAAUGUCAUC